GAAGCUCGGGCCGCCGCUGAGCCCUGCCACUUCUAACUGCUUUUCCACUGUCCCAGCGAUCGCUGUUUGUCCUGAUAUCCGAGUGUAACACCUGAAACCCGCUCCGUCGCCCUGGAGACCUGUCGGCCACUCUCAGGUUUGACUCGAUUCAGCGCGAGCCGCGGCCGCAUUUGGAUGAGCGGACUGAAUGUGGAUUUAACUGCUGCUCCGCUCCGCAGGCCGCACCGCCAUUGCUGCUGUUUUUAUAAGCUGAAUUCGUGAAAAUACCAAGGGUCCUCACAGCUUCAACAUGAAGAAGAAAGGACGAAAUCACCGCCCAUCAAUGCUUAAAAGGGAGUCUUCUCCCAUAAAGCCGUCGCCCAACCGGGAGACACUAACGUACGCACAGGCACAGCGAAUGGUGGAGCUGGAAGUGGACGGCCGAGUGCACCGGCUCAGCAUCUACGACAAGCUGGACGUCAUCACUGAUGAUGACCCCACAGCUCAGGAGAUCAUGGAGUGUAACAGCAACAAAGAGAACAACGAGAAGCCCCAGCAGGUCCUGGUGCGCUCUGUGCGCCUCAAAAAUAACCAGCAGAAGAAGAAUGCUGCUCUCACAGCCUCACUUGGCAGUAGUGCCAGUGGCCUGUUAGAGCCGAAGGUUAGAACGGUUGAAUACAAUUUGCCAGUGGUGCCAAAGAGGCCGGCAGCCUAUUACAAAUACACUGAGAGGACAGCAGAAGAGCUAGAUGAGGAGGUGGAAUAUGACAUGGAUGAGGAAGACUAUGCCUGGCUGGAGCUCAUUAAUGAGAAAAGGAAAAGUGAGGGCGUCAGCCAGGUGUCGCACAACCUUUUUGAGUUUCUCAUGGACCGCUUUGAAAAGGAGUCAUACUUAGCUACGCAGGGUCAGAAUGACCUGCAGUCACUGGUGGAUGAGGAUGCCGUCUGCUGCAUCUGCAUGGAUGGAGAUGGAGCAGACAGUAACGUCAUUCUCUUCUGCGACUCCUGCAACAUUGCCGUACACCAGGAGUGCUACGGUGUGCCGUACAUUCCUGAGGGCCAGUGGCUGUGCCGCCACUGCCUGCAGUGUCCAUCGCGACCAGCCGAGUGCGUCUUCUGCCCCAACCGAGGAGGAGCCCUGAAGAAGACAGACGACGAUCGCUGGGGUCAUGUAGCAUGUGCUCUGUGGGUGCCUGAAGUUGGCUUCUCGGACACUGUUUUCAUUGAGCCCAUUGAUGGUGUCCGCAACAUCCCACCAGCCCGCUGGAAGCUUACUUGCUACCUGUGUAAGGAGAAGGGUGCUGGAGCAUGCAUCCAAUGUGACAAGAUCAACUGUUACACUGCCUUCCAUGUCAGCUGUGCCCAGAAGGCUGGCCUCUACAUGAGGAUGGAACCUGUGAAAGAGGAAACUGCGUCCGGCACCACCACAUUUUCUGUGAAAAAGACCGCCUAUUGCUGCAGCCAUACGCCUGAAGGCUGUGACCGUCGGCCACUCAAUAUCUAUGAGGAGCCACACCCCAAAAAUGGAGCCUGUCACAAGAGAGCUGACAAGAGAGGGAAGGCCAGGGCCAAGGGCUGGCAGAAAAAAAAGAGUAAGAGAACGGACCCUGAAGCUGAACCAGAACCAGAGAUCCCAGCCAACUCUGGGCCUAGUAUCACUGCUUCAAGUUUUGACAUCAUCCUGAACCAGGUGGCGGUUCAGAGGAAGCGGUUGUUUGUCGAGCGGGUGCUGAGCUACUGGGUCCUGAAGAGACAGUCGAGGAACAAUGUGCCACUGAUUCGCCGACUACAGGCCAACCCUCAGCCACCCAAAGCCAAGCAGACGGACCGCAAUGAGACAAACCAGGCACUGAAGGAGCAGCUGAAGGAGUGGCACCGCCUUCGCCAUGACCUGGAGCGAGCUCGCCUGCUGCUGGAGCUCAUCAGGAAGAGGGAGAAACUGAAAAGGGAGGAGAUGAAGCUACAGCAGUCGGUGCUGGAGGUGCAGCUGACACCCUUCAACAUCCUGUUACGAGCCGUGCUAGGUCAGCUGCAGGAGAAGGACCAGUACAGCAUCUUUGCUCAGCCUGUCAGCAUCAAAGAGGUCCCUGACUAUCUGGAUCACAUUAAGAACCCCAUGGACUUCUCUACCAUGAGGAAACGCAUAGAUGCUCACAGCUACAGGAACCUGGAGGAGUUCGAGGCCGACUUCAACCUCAUAAUUACCAACUGCAUGACGUACAAUGCCAAGGACACGUUUUUCUACAAGGCAGCUCAGCGGAUGCAGGACCAUGGAGGAGUCAUCAUCCGCAGGGCCCGCAGAGAGACAGAAAGGAUCGGCUUUGACUUCCCUGGCGGGUUGCAUCUGCCCGAAGCCCCUAAACUGGAGGUGCCGCCCCCCUUCUCUUGGGAAGACGUGGACCGCCUGCUGAGCCCCACAUACCGUCAGCGGACCCCUCUGGAGGAUCAGCUGAAGGAACUCCUGGAGAAGCUGGACCUGAGCACAGCCAUGAAGAACAGCCCAUCCCGCAGCAAGAGGCUCAAACUACUCAAGAAGACUAUCAUGGAAGUCCGCAGUGAGAUAAGCCUGAAGAAGGCCCUACGAUCGCCCUCGCUCAUUGCCCCGGAUCCUGGCCCAACCCCCGCCAAGUCAGAGGAGAAACCACUACCUGAACCUCCCGCAGACCCCUGCACGACACUGGAGGGCAAGUCUUUACCUCCACCAACGUUAGAGCUCUUAACCUCAUCAUCCCAGCUCAACAUCUCACCCAGCGAUUCAGAACCGCCCUCUCUUAAGCCCGUCAAACCCCUUUCGGACCAGAAUCCCAUGGAACUCGACGAUGACACCAACACAUCUACCUCAGUGCCCCUGGAUACCCCCAACGGGCACAUCCCAGAACCACAGCUCCUCAACGGUGACAUCCACAUGGAAGCCUCUAGCACCUGCAACCGACGGAGUAAUGUCCUCUUCCGCAAGUCAAAGAGUGCCAGCCCGCAGAAACCACGCAAGACCCAAGAGACAUCCGCUGUUUCGACACCGCACCUGGGCGCCAAAACCUUCCUGUCAGUGGUGAUCCCACGACUGGAGACACUCCUCCUUCCAAAAAAAAGAACCCGGAGCAGCAGCGCUGAUGGUGAGGAGGACGAGGAGUCGCCAAUCAAACGUCUCGGCACAGGAAUAGCAAAUGGUUUUGUGGUGGAGGACGAGGGGGUGGUCUCAUCAUCUCCCCGUCUGCUGGAGCCUCGUCGCCGCUGUGCCUCUGAAUCGAGCAUCUCCUCCGCCGGCAGCAUCCUCUGCAGCACAAGCACUGUCAUCGUGUCUAAAAGCGGUAAAGGGCGACCAGCGGCGACUCGACGGAGCACUGUAGACGACAAAAGCACCCUGAUGACCUGCAUUGAGAAUGGAGAAUUCACCAACGCUGCCAAGAUCUCUUCAGAGGUGUGGAAGCCCACCGCUGCUUCUUCAUUUGUUCUGGAGCCUCUUAAACUAGUUUGGGCUAAAUGUAGUGGAUACCCUUCCUUCCCUGCCCUGAUCAUGGAUCCCAGAACUCGGAGGACGGUGUCUCGGCACAACGGAGUGGAGCUUCCACCACCGCCGCUGGACGUUCUCAGAGCCGGAGAGCGGAUGCAGUUCAGGUCCGCAGAGAAACUCUUCCUCGUCCACUUCUUCGACAGCAGGCGCAGCUGGCAAUGGCUUCCUAGAUCCAAGAUGGCUCCGUUCGGGAUCAACAAGACACUCGAUAGAUUGAAGCUGAUGGAGGCUCGCAGCUCUUCCAUCCGAAAAACUGUGCAGCUCGCCUUUGACCGAGCUAUGAACCACCUGGACCGUGUUAGCAGAGAGUUGGAGCCGAGCACCGGCCUCGCUGCCGCAGACUGAAGCCACCUACCCCCUCACCUCUCACCCCCUCACCCCUUCCUCCCUCCUUCUCACCUUCUUUAUUCCCAAACCUCAAGAAUCUCCCAUCAUCCAUCUCCCCUUUGUCCUUACAGCUUUUCCCUCCGUUUGAACACAGUCUUUGCAAAGGCACUCUGUUUCUGCCUCGUACGCACAACACACACACAUACACACACACAUACAUAUACACUUGUCAUGUUUACCAUUUCCUGCGAACUGGAACCAGUUUGUUUCUACACCUCCUCAUGCAUCAGUCUCACCUGUCUAAAAUACUGUAGCUUGUGAUGGUCAUCUUGUUUUGUCAAAGAGCUAUGCAAUGAAAACGACUCGGUUAGCGGGUGCAAAAAGUUGAAAGAAAGGAAAAAAAAUCAACUCUUGGCUGUGAGGACUGUAAAAUCGCAGGUCUGAACCUGUUGAAUGUGUCAGAGUUUGACCUCUGACCUCCUUAAAUGUGCUGCAAGACUGCUGCAACAAUCUCACUGCCAUGAAAUGUCCAUCAGUGUGUGUGUGACGGCAGCAGCUCCUGUAAAUAUCCUGUACAAGGCCUGACACUAAUUUAUUCACUCCCUCGGUCUGUUUUGGUACACGGCGUUCUGAUAUUUAUACAGUCAAAGGUGAUGAUCUACGUUGUCGCCAGCACUGACGGUGUUGGUGUUUCUGCUGGUGCUAUCUCCACAGAGAGAAAAAACAAACAUGCAUACUGUAUUGAACAUUUUUUAUUUCAGCUUCUUUUUUUACGGUUUUUGUAAGUUAUUGAGUUCUCACGCUUCAAGUUCUCCUGUCUUUGGCAUUAAUUUUUUUGUGUAUGUGCAUCUUUUUUUUCUUUUUUUUUUUUUACCUGAAUGUUUUUACUGGACUACUUUUUUUGUUUGUACAUAUUUAUAUAAAAUCUAUAUAGAAGCUCUCAAAGUUUAAAAUGCCUGAAGUGCAACAUUCACACCGAAACCAAAAAAAUCUGCUGCCCACAGGUUUCCCACUAGUGUACGUGUUUUGUUUGUGUUUUUUUUUUUUUUUUUUUUUAACAGUUGUGUUUUUCAGGUUUUUGGCCUUUCUGUUUGUGUGCUGUGAUGAGUUCAAGUCUUCUGUAAAAUGUCACAGAAUCAUCUUCUCCUCCUGAACUCAACUACAGUCAGCUGUAGGAGAGAAGAGAAUGUGCCUGUAUUAAUUUAUUGUAAAGCAGAAAAUGUAUAUGCAUUACUUUAUAGAGAGAGUAUUGUAAGAAAAUCUGGGCACACUAGGAGCCACAUGUAGAGGCCCCUCCUCUUCUUCUGUUGUUUUGUGAGUCUUUUUUUUUUGGAUUGAUAGCAUUAAAUCUGAGAGGUGAGGUGAUUGUGUUUGUUGUUUUAUUUUGGCAGGGUAGUAAUGGUUAGACUUUGUUUUUUUUGGCCCCUCUGGAUGUGGAUGUUGUGUGUAAAUAAAUUUGGUACUUUAGCUGAUUCUCUGGGAAAAACCACAGUUAUAGCCAACGGGAGUGGAAACCAGCCAAUACCAGGCCGGUGGGAUUUUUAUACUAAAACACUGAAAAAUUAAAACUAUGUUAUUGAAUCACUGACGAAA